AUGUUUCUUUUACAGCGCACUGCCCAGACUUGCCAAGAUCUGAGCUUCGUAGGGGGCCAACUCUACGACUGCCCUUACCCCGCCCCAACGUCAGCAGACAGUGUUGAUGUUUCCACGGUGACUCUGGCCUCCUUUUGGGCCGCUGGUUCCCCAGACAACACAGCCUGCCAGAAGGAGCCGACACAGCGGGAACUCCUCUCCCGCUUGGUCUGUGGGACCUCUCCACCUGAACCCAACUGGAAUGACCACCUGUUGCCACAUUUGCAGAGAAACAAGCAGCUUCAAGACACAUUGAUACAAAGAGAGGAGGAAUUGGCAAGACUGCAAGAGGAAAAUAACAAUCUAAAAGAAUUCUUAAACUCCUCAUGUGUGAAAGCCUUGGAAGAAAAAACGAAGAGCCUUCUCUCUGCUCAGAGUGGCGAUGGGAGGAGGAACCGGAAGCGGAAUUCUGAAAUCCAGAAUCUGCAUGGUGUUGGAGAAUUCCGGAACCUCAGUGCCAGUCAGCUGCUCCUUGGUUCUCAGGUGAAACGGACCUGCCGGAACUUGUCCCUGGAGUUCUGUUCUGAAGAGGAGCUAGCCUGCACCGAUUCUGUGGACCUGUGGAUCUUGCAGACCUUGGGCCUGAAGGACGAGGACACCAUCGAUACAUCAUCCACUGAAUACAGCUUCAACUGCUCCAUUAGCUCCCUCACCAAAUGCAGCUCCGUCACAGACUCCUCUGGUGACUACUGCCAAACAACCGAUCACAAAAAUACUGCUUAUGACUCACCUACUGAUAGCCUGUGCAAUGGUGCCAGUAUAGGACUAUCCAAUGAUUACUGCUUUAACACCAACAGUGACUACAGUCUCUCUACAGACUCCGGCUCUGACUUCACUGGAACUGUGCUGUCUGUCUUAUACAGCCCUAGCAUAGAAGUCCCCCCCAAUUUCCAUGUCACCCCUUAUGAACCCCCACUGCCCCAAUCGGUCAACACUCUCUCGCCACCUGAUCCAAUACAGUCAUUCAGGCCCAUCUUAGCCUCCUCACCCAACCUGUCUCAGGACAGGAGUCCCGGGCUGCACCACACUCCCAGCCUGCACUGCCGUAGUCUCUCCAGUCCCAUAGGGGGUGACGUGAUGACUACCCCAUUGUCUACCCCACGUAGCCAGACAGAGCUGGCCUUCAGCAUGUCCCUAAACCCUUCCAGCAGCGUCAGACUCAAGACACACAGUUUUCCCCAGGGACAGGCCUUCGUCCGCAAGAACACCCAGGGAGGCUGGAACUUUACCUGGGUCCCCAAACAAGGCCCGUGAGCCUCAUUUAUACCCUACGUACGUACAAACACAAGCUCUACAAUUAGCUAUGCAAAAUUCAGACCCUAAGUAGUUGGAUAGCAAAAACAUGUUAACCCUACUUUGAGUGUCAAUGAUGAUAGCAGUGAUGACGGUAAGAACUUCCUGUGUUCCUGCAUAGGGACCAGAGUUUUUCAUGGUCAGGUCAAUUGGAUAGGAAAGACUUGUGACCCUAGCUAUUAUCCUACCCCCCCUUCUACAGACCAGAAACAGAGCCUGUCAUCCAAUCAGAGCUCAAUCAAACCAGUACCCAAGGAAGAACUCCCUACAUCAGUCGAUCACGAUCUUGACUUGAUUCAACAGCACUAGUGCCAGGAAUGCAAAGUGUUCCCAUGUUGAACCAUUUAAUGUGUCUGAAGGUAGAACUCCGCCUACUCAGCAGGUCCAGAGAU